AUUCACAGGAUAUGGGAUGUAGAUAGUAAGCCUGCUGCCGGUAUUGGCCAAUAUUGGUGUUACUGUUUUCAGAGUUGUUUAAGGAUCCCAAGAUAAUAUAUGGGGAGGCGCGUGGUCAGUCGUAAAGUGCUAUGCAAAUAUGGUGCUGUUCCUCGCUGGAUUCAUGUGAAGUUGUGGGGCUCCGGGAUGGAUAUUUUCCAAACCAAAUUGGUUCUUAUGGGCCCAAAGCUGGUGAAGUGGUAUUUUUAAAAUACAUUUUCAGGUAUGUUUGUCUAUGUGGCAUGAAAGGCCUGCAUUCACAGUGAUUGCGGAGGAGCGUGUUCCCUGGGACUUCUUGAGUGGUUCUGUUCUGUCCACCGACCUUUAAGUUGAAAUCAUUCGGAGGGGGCUGUUUUCUGCUGUGUCUUCUUUUGUUCCAGGCAGGCCAUAUGGUCUAGUCUCAUCUCCCAUCCCCUUCAUCCCGAGGCACUGCCUUGCUCGUAAGCACCCUGUCUUUUUCUGCUUCCCACAAAGUUUCACUGCCUUCCCCUACCAUCAUGUUCCCCGGUGCUGCAAACAUCACCAUCCGCCUUGACCACCAAUACUUAAGUUCUGAAACCUCGGAGCCUGUGCUGGGUCACCUGUCCUGGGCUCUCACAUUGUUCUCCCGUUACCUCGUGUUGUAUGAUAAAGUACUCCAUACCAACCAGGUACUGUGUAAAUCUUAUCACCCUGGCUAGCCCAAGGCUGACCAGCUCUUUUGCUCCUUAUUUUAAUCCACGACAUCUCUCUCACAGCAGCAAGGGCUCACGGAGACACCCGCUGAUAGCCAUUCUGGAGAAAUCCCUGUCUUCUUGGAUUUGGGGGAAACUGGGGUCUCAUCUUCUAAUGACCACGUUUGUAUGGAUUUGAGCCUCCUUCUGGUCAUUGCCCAUCCUGCACCGUGCUCGGGGCUGGCAGAAGCCUCAAAGUUUAGAAUCAAGAACUUGGAUCUGAACAGAUGAACCCAGGACAGAGCUGCCUGCUGAUGGCAGUGGCAGAGUUCUGGCCCAGUCCUGCCAUGAGCCAACUUCUGCUAUAUGCUGUUGGCUCAUUGGCAAUUACAGAGCCCUGGUGUUUUGGAGGAAAGUAGGGAGGGAGAGGGAUUCCGUAGGUCCUCGCUAACAUUGAUCACAUUCCUAGACUUGAGAAGUACCGCCUCUCACCUCUGUUUUUCUAGCUGCUUCCUUGAGGAUUACUAAAACGUGUGGGUCCCUGAUCUGUUCCUAGUUCCCCUUGGAGGGUGGAGAGGUUCCAUUAGAGAAGCAGAUGGGACUGGUGAUUGCUGUCUGAACCCCCGUCCCUCCCACUAAGAGAGUCCUGGGUCCAGCCAACAUGGCCUUCCAUGGUCCACCUGCUGUCUGCACGGUCCUAGAAGCUGCCCCGGGACCAGAGUCCUCCUCAGCCCCCAGAUUCAGGCAGCUAAGCAGGAGCCUUCAUUCCCUCCUGUUUUCUGAAGAGAUGGCCAGGGUACCCUUGAUCUUCUAAGGGUGUGCAAGUCAGGUCCAACCCUAACCCUAACCUUCUUGCUCCCGGUGACGAUCUGAUGUGGGCGUGGAAGCAGCAUGCACCAUUUUUCUCCGGGGCACCCCAAGCACCCUGCACCCAGAGCUUGUCAGAGUGAAACUCAUACCAAGCGCUUUCAGCCUCAGGCCUAGUCCCCACGGAAUACAGAUACCCAAUGUCCCCCAGCCUCCGUCGCCCACCUCAUCUGUCAGGAAACAGGACAUACAAAGCGACUGUGUGGGUUUGCAGCUUCCCCCGCAGCCUCCCCACUCCAAUUCAUGAAGCGUUGGAAUGUCCUUCAAGUUGCUGCCCAAUAAACUGCUUUCUCUUCUUCAUCAGUCAUGGCCAGCCCAACAAAGGUGUCAGCUCCUUUCUUGCUCCCUGAUGCCUAACGGCACGUAGAGCCCUGGUCCAUGGGUCCUGGUCAGAGAAAGGCCAUCUCAGUGGAGAUGGAGCCACAGAUGCAAGGGCCUUUCCAACGGGGACAUAAAUGGGGGACCCUGCAAAGACCGCAGGAGAAUGAAGAGUAAUGACUUGGUUGUUGCAGGCGGCCAGUGAGCAGGGAUGCCCGCAUCAGUUGCCUUACAGACGAUGCUCCAGGGUCAGGGCUGCUACUCCAGGCAGUGACACAGAGGGAUAGGGCCCAGUAAACCAGCAGGUGGUCAGUUACCUUUCCAUUACCUCCUCAAAGAAAGUGGCAUUUACCUGCUUUGUAAAUGGAGGCUUUGACACACAUCCAAGAGCACUAUUAGCCGUGAAAAAAAUCCACCAUAAACCAAGAGCCGUAGGUUUUGGUUUAAAUUGAGAAGAAUGUUUUCAGUUCCUCUAAAAUUUAGUCUUUGCCAGAUGCUAACUUCAAGACCUACUGAGUAUUUUUCUGUAUUUCUGACAUUGUUAGGCACCGUGGGAAAACUAUAAUAGACCACUCUGUUGGUCUGAGUUGCUUUUGUUUCUUGGGCAAGACAUGGAUACUUUUGACAAUUAGGAAAAAAUACACCCAAAUGUACAUCAGCCAACAACUAGAUUAAUAAAAUGUGGUAUACACACACAAUGGAAUAUUAUUUGGCCAGUAAAAGGAAUAAAGUACAUAAGACAACAUGAAAAAACCUUGAAAACAUACUAAGAGAAAGGAGGACACAAAAAAACUAUAUUGCACAAGUCCACUGAUAUGAAAUAUCUAAUAUAGGCAAAUCUAUAGAGACAAAGCAGAUCGAUGGUUGCCUCGGCUGGUGGAGGGGGAGGGGAUAGUCAGUGACUGCUAAUGGGUAUGGGGUUUCUUUUGGGGGUGAUGCAAAUGUUCUAAAGGUACAUCGUGGUGAUAUGUUUGCAUUCUGUGACUAUACCAAAAAGUAUUGAAUGAUACACUCUAAAUGGGUGAAUUUUAUGAUACAUGAGUUACAUCUCAGUAAAGAUGUUUGAAAAAGCAACAGUGCAAGAUGGCAUGGAAUUAAAUGCAAGUUUGUGCUAUUCAGAUGGUAACAGUUUUUACAGGAAAGGAGGGUGGGGUGUCUUGAAUGGUGCACUUUGAGCAGGUAGGUAGGAGGGUUCUCGAGAGAUGCUCAACAGCCUUGAGCAGAAGUCAGUUUUGUUGUGGCUGCAGAAUACGGUUAGUGCAGAAAACAGCCAGACUUGGCGUGGAAGGUGGGGAGAAGACGGUCACGUGGGGAGGAGGGAACAGACUGAGAGGAGCCUUGAAGGCAAAGCACCGGGUUAGAGUUCACCCUCUGCACAGCCUUCGAUAUUGAUCAGGAGAAGGAGCGGGACUAGCACACUGUGGCCUGGCGCAUCGGGGUGAGCUUGACCUCCAGGGACAGGGACAAGUAAGCUGGCUCUUGAGGCUUUAUAUAGAUCACGCAGAAGAGUUCUGUUCGCAUGUCCUGGCCAGGAAGAGCGGGGAGUUUCAGAUCCAAAUGGGAUCAGCCUGAGCUGGUCCCAGCAGAGCCGAGUCUCCCUUUGUUGCUUUCUCUUGGGGCAACACCCCUGUUCUUCCCGCUACCUAUUUGUUUCUGAGACUUGUCAAAAUAGGCUGUGAUGCCAGAGGCUAAGAAUUUGAGUUUACCGGAGUUUACUGUUUGACCAACGGCUGGUACAGAUCAUGAGCUGCAAAAUAUUUAAUCAGUGAGGUCAUUGCAGGAAAAUGAGAUUUGAUCCAUAGGAGCGUCUUCUGUUUCCCUAAGGGUCAAGUCUGAAUGGCUUUUCUUCUGCCUUCUCUUGGCAAAACCACAAACCAUUAAAAAUGGAAAGAAUAACUUUUUUUUUCCAAGACCCACAAAAGCUUAUUUUUAAUCAAUGUGUGGUCUGCUCACCUUUGUGGUGUCCCUCUUGACCUGAUUCACAAAAAUAAAUGAGUGCAGGCCUGGUGGUUUGUUUCCAAACCCUUUUAAACCAGCACCUCCUUUUUGAUGACUCAGUAUUUACGUAGGACUUAAGACAGAGCCCUUGGGUCAAGGGGCACCCGGCCUGCAGCCAUGGCCUCGGAGCCUCAUCCGAGGCCCCUCCAAAAAGCUACUGUUAGUCCCUGGUGCCCGGGAAGCAUUUCAUCAGUGAGGUUUUUUAGCAGAAACCUGGUGGGGACUUCAGAAAGAGUGGGUUAAAAUGAGGUGGUGAAGGAGAAGCGGAGUUUGGAAGGGAAGACAACAGAGAGACAGUGCAUCAUUGUCAGAUUAUUCAGCAAGCUUUUGUUGGCAGCUCUCGUGGGCCAGGGCCCUCCUGGGUGAUGGGGUUUGAAGGUAAAUGUGACAUGUCCCCACUCUGGCAACCUUAUUGAGAAAGGGGCCUCUCCUCCAGGGCGACAAGUGUGAGGGGAGGGCCCCUGACCCAGACUGGGGUCAGAAAGGCCUUUGGUGCAGUUUCCAGCCAGGCUGAGAACCAGAGGCCGGGUGGAGAGCCAAGCAGAGACACCAGGGCGGCGGAGCCAGGUGCCUGUCAGAGCCUCCCGAGUCCGGGACCUGAAGUGGGCUGCCGGCGAGCCUCUGGUGGCGAACCGGGGGUAAGAAAGAAAGAAGGCUGCAGAAGGCAGGGAAACCAGGCCGGUGGUGGGUGCGAGCUACCGCAGGUGUGUUGUUCUGGUGGAGGCCGGACAGAGGGCGGAAGAUGCCAGGAGCAGGCAUGCAAGUCCUGAGAUGGGUGUGGGGUGCCCGGGAGAAGACAGGUCCGCCCCGAAGGUGUCCUUAUCCUGUGUUCAGCCUCAGGCCUUCCUGUUGGUCCCAGCCCUGGGGAGCCCCCGUGGAAGUGGAGUCCCUCCUAGUGCACCCCGGUGACCUGCUGCAGCUCCGCUGCCGGCUGCGGGACGAUGUUCAGAGCAUCAACUGGCUGCGGGACGGGGUGCAGCUGGCGGACAGCAACCGCACGCGCAUCACCGGGGAGGAGGUGGAGGUUCGGGGCUCCGUGCCCGCCGACUCAGGCCUCUACGCCUGCGUGACCAGCAGCCCCUCCGGCAGCGACACCACCUACUUCUCCGUCAACGUCUCAGAUGCGCUCCCCUCAUCGGAGGACGACGAUGACGACGAUGACUCCUCUUCGGAGGAGAAGGAAACAGAUAACACCAAACCAAACCGUAUGCCCGUGGCUCCGUACUGGACGUCGCCAGAAAAGAUGGAAAAGAAACUGCAUGCAGUGCCAGCUGCCAAGACAGUGAAGUUCAAAUGCCCUUCCAGUGGGACCCCAAACCCCACGCUGCGCUGGCUGAAAAAUGGCAAAGAAUUCAAGCCCGACCACAGGAUUGGAGGCUACAAGGUCCGUUAUGCCACCUGGAGCAUCAUUAUGGACUCCGUGGUGCCUUCUGAUAAGGGCAACUACACCUGCAUCGUGGAGAAUGAAUACGGCAGCAUCAACCAUACCUACCAGCUCGAUGUCGUGGAGCGGUCCCCUCACCGGCCCAUCCUGCAGGCAGGCUUGCCGGCCAACAAGACCGUGGCCCUGGGCAGCAACGUGGAGUUCAUGUGCAAGGUGUACAGCGACCCGCAACCCCACAUCCAGUGGCUGAAGCACAUCGAGGUGAACGGGAGUAAGAUUGGGCCGGACAACCUGCCUUAUGUCCAGAUCUUGAAGACGGCCGGAGUUAACACCACCGACAAAGAGAUGGAGGUGCUGCACUUAAGGAACGUCUCCUUUGAGGACGCGGGGGAGUAUACGUGCUUGGCGGGUAACUCUAUCGGACUCUCCCAUCACUCUGCAUGGCUGACCGUUCUGGAAGCCCUGGAAGAGAGACCGGCGGUGAUGACCUCGCCGCUGUACCUGGAGAUCAUCAUCUAUUGCACGGGGGCCUUCCUUAUCUCCUGCAUGGUGGGGUCUGUCAUCAUCUACAAGAUGAAGAGCGGCACGAAGAAGAGUGACUUCCACAGCCAGAUGGCCGUGCACAAGCUGGCCAAGAGCAUCCCUCUGCGCAGACAGGUAACAGUGUCGGCUGACUCCAGCGCGUCCAUGAACUCCGGGGUCCUGCUGGUUCGACCCUCGCGUCUGUCCUCCAGCGGCACCCCUAUGCUGGCCGGGGUCUCUGAAUACGAGCUUCCCGAAGACCCUCGCUGGGAGCUGCCUCGGGACAGACUGGUUUUAGGCAAGCCCCUGGGAGAGGGCUGCUUUGGGCAGGUGGUGUUGGCGGAGGCCAUCGGGCUGGACAAGGACAAACCCAACCGUGUGACCAAAGUGGCCGUGAAGAUGCUGAAGUCGGAUGCAACAGAGAAAGACCUGUCGGACCUGAUCUCCGAGAUGGAGAUGAUGAAGAUGAUUGGAAAACACAAGAACAUCAUCAACCUGCUGGGGGCCUGCACACAGGAUGGUCCCCUGUAUGUCAUUGUGGAGUACGCCUCCAAAGGCAACCUCCGGGAGUACCUGCAGGCCCGGAGGCCGCCGGGGCUGGAGUACUGCUACAACCCCAGCCACCACCCCGAGGAGCAGCUUUCCUCCAAGGACCUGGUAUCCUGCGCCUACCAGGUGGCCCGAGGCAUGGAGUAUCUUGCCUCCAAGAAGUGCAUCCACCGGGACCUGGCCGCCAGGAACGUCCUGGUGACGGAGGACAAUGUAAUGAAGAUCGCAGACUUCGGUCUUGCUCGAGACAUCCACCACAUCGACUACUAUAAAAAGACAACUAACGGCCGACUGCCCGUCAAGUGGAUGGCACCGGAGGCCUUGUUUGACCGGAUCUACACCCACCAGAGCGACGUGUGGUCUUUUGGGGUACUCCUCUGGGAAAUCUUCACUCUGGGCGGCUCCCCGUACCCUGGGGUCCCCGUGGAGGAGCUUUUCAAGCUGCUGAAGGAGGGUCAUCGUAUGGACAAGCCCAGUAACUGCACCAACGAGCUCUACAUGAUGAUGAGAGACUGCUGGCACGCGGUCCCCUCACAGAGACCCACCUUCAAGCAGCUGGUGGAAGACCUGGACCGCAUCGUCGCCUUGACCUCCAACCAGGAGUACCUGGACCUGUCAAUGCCCCUGGACCAAUACUCCCCCAGUUUCCCUGACACCCGCAGCUCCACCUGCUCCUCCGGAGAGGAUUCCGUCUUCUCUCACGAGCCCUUGCCCGAGGAACCCUGCCUGCCCCGACACCCGGCCCAGCUGGCCAACGGCGGACUCAAACGGCGCUGACUGGCCCCCACACCUUGCACCUCUCCCCGGACUCCAUCCUCAGCUGUGGCCCCGCCCCUCCUCUGCUGGACUCGCUGCCUCCCCUGUGCUCUGCCGGCCGGCCUCCUUGAGGCCCGCACCCCCGAGCUCCCCUCCUCUCCUCCUCACAGCCUGACACAGAGGAGCAGGAAGGCCGGUCCUUGCUGACGGCUACUACGUGGCCUGCCAAAUCUUGGACCAAGACCCCCUCCCUGCCGCCUGGAGGGUCGGGCAUGGGGGCCGAGCCGCCCUCGAGCACGAGCCGACUGAGUUUUCCUGCAUUGGUCUCGCCUGCUCUGCGCCGCCCAUGUACCCGUGUUCUGGCGGCAGGUCCUCGGGCUACAGCGGGAGCUGGGUGUGGGGGUGGUCAGCGCUCGGGCCUCCACAGAAGGCGACCUCUGCUCCGACGGAUAGUGCCAGUGGCUUAUUGAUUCCGAUACUAAUUUGCUUUGCUGACCAAAUACCUGGUACCCAAGGGUGGGGACACAGAGGCGGGGAGCCGGCGGCGUGGCCCUGGGGCCCAGCCCCAAAGCAGGGGCUCUGUACAUAGCUACGAAGAAAACACAAAGUGUAUAAAUCUGAGUAUAUAUUUACAUGUCUUUUUAAAAGGGUCGUUACCAGAGAUUUACCCAUUGGGUAAGAUGCUCCUGGUGGUUGGGAGGCAUCAGUUGCUAUAUAUUAAAAACAAAGAAAAAAGAAAAAAAAGGAAAAUGUUUUUAAAAAGGUCAUAUAUUUUUUGCUACUUUUGCUGUUUUAUUUUUUUAAAUUAUGUUCUAAACCUAUUUUCAGUUUAGGUCCCUCAAUAAAAAUUGCUGCUGCUUCAUUUUUA